CCUUCUGCUUUCUGGAGGGGCACCUUCAACCAACUCCGCGGUGCACUGGCAGCGGCUUUCUUAGUUGUAAAAAAGAUUAAGUGGUAAUAACAGGUCACAACACAGACACAAUGUCCUUUCUGUCAGUCAGCAGGCUAGCGCCGAAACUCCUCAAUUCAAAGAAUGCUGCCUCCUUCCUUGUGGCUGCCAGACAUGCCAGCGCAUCAACAACAAAUCUGAAGGAUGUUCUGGCAGACCUCAUCCCAAAAGAACAGACCAGAAUCAAGAACUUCAAACAACAGUAUGGCAAAACCAACAUAGGACAGGUUACUGUUGAUAUGGUCUAUGGAGGUAUGAGGGGCAUGAAGGGUCUGGUAUAUGAGACCUCCGUACUGGAUCCUGACGAGGGCAUCCGUUUCCGUGGAUACAGCAUCCCAGAGUGUCAGGAGCUGCUGCCCAAAGCUCCAGGAGGCGCGGAGCCGCUGCCGGAGGGUCUAUUCUGGCUGCUGGUCACAGGACAAGUGCCCACUGAGGAGCAGGUGAACUGGGUGUCCAAAGAGUGGGCAAAGAGAGCAGCACUUCCCUCUCACGUUGUCACCAUGCUGGAUAACUUCCCCACAAACCUCCACCCCAUGUCUCAGUUCAGCGCCGCCAUCACAGCUCUGAACAGUGAGAGCAGCUUUGCACGGGCUUACUCUGAGGGUGUCCACAAGACCAAGUACUGGGAGUUUGUCUAUGAAGACUCCAUGGACUUGAUCGCCAAGCUGCCAUGCAUUGCAGCCAAGAUUUACCGCAACCUGUACCGCGAAGGCAGCAGCAUCGGAGCAAUCGACUCCAACCUUGACUGGUCCCACAACUUCACCAACAUGCUGGGCUACAGCGACACCCAGUUCACUGAGCUGAUGAGGCUCUACCUCACAAUCCACAGUGACCAUGAAGGAGGCAAUGUCAGUGCCCACACCAGCCAUUUGGUGGGUAGCGCCUUGUCUGACCCUUACCUGUCCUUCAGCGCUGCCAUGAAUGGUCUGGCCGGUCCUCUGCACGGUCUGGCCAAUCAGGAGGUGCUGGUGUGGCUCACUGCCCUGCAGAAGGAGAUGGGUGGAGAGGUGUCUGAUGAGAUGAUGAGGGAUUACAUCUGGAACACACUCAAGUCUGGAAGGGUUGUGCCAGGCUACGGUCACGCUGUCCUGAGGAAGACUGACCCACGUUACGCCUGCCAGCGCGAGUUUGCCCUGAAGCACCUGCCCAACGACCCCAUGUUCAAGCUGGUUGCCCAGCUUUACAAGAUUGUACCCAACGUGCUCCUAGAGCAGGGCAAGGCCAAGAACCCCUGGCCCAACGUGGACGCCCACAGUGGAGUUCUGCUGCAGUACUAUGGAAUGACUGAGAUGAACUACUACACAGUGCUGUUCGGCGUGUCCCGAGCCCUCGGCGUGUUGGCUCAGCUGGUGUGGAGUAGAGCUCUGGGCUUCCCCUUGGAGCGCCCCAAGUCCAUGAGCACAGAUGGACUGAUGACACUGGUGGGAGUCAAGUCAGGUUGAAGAAGCACCUGAAAGGAGUUUGGGGGUUAGUGUGGAGGGUGGGAGGAGUCGGAAAUAUAAAAAAAAAAAAAAACGCAGACAAAAGUUGACCCCUGUCAUUUCCAACCCCAGGGAUUUAAUGUGAUUCAAAGAGACAGUACGCUUUUAAUGUCAUUUCACAAAAGAUGGGCCUUUUUAAAAUCGUCUCAACAUUAGUGUUUAAAGUGUGUUUAGUUAACCACUGAGCCGUUUUCCCAUCAAAUCUCUACAAGAGGUGAAAACUUCAGACACACACACACAUGUAACCCACAGUAGGCUCAAAGUUUGUACCAUUAGACGUCUGCUAGCAUCACUAAGAUUUCCCCCCCGUGCAGUGCACACGUGUUGAUCGGCACUGGAUCUGAACUAUGAAUAGGCAGAGGUAUUCAAAGGGACUUGAGGGAGUGAAUUAAUCCUCCCCCUCUAUUUGUUAGAUCUAAAGCUAGACCCCUUUCCUGCUUUUGGCUGAUGCAGAAAUUCGUUUUAGGAUAUCCAAAAGCAAAAGAUUCCCCCCCCAAGUUAAGACUCAUCUUAGUUUCUUCUAUGCAAUGUUUCCAGAUCCCACCCAGUCUAUCCAUGCAUCUCACUCCCACGUAUGAACACUCCAGAUUAGAAAUAAAAUGGUCCUGACAAGUAAAAUUAACACGCUGAUCAAGAGUCUCAAAACAUUCAAACCACUUAAAAGAUACUGCCCCUUUAAAUCUUUGUUCUCCCCCUUUUCUCCAACUUUUAGGUUUGUUUUUUCUUGUAAUGAUGACCUGUAUUACCUCUAUGAUCAAAAUAACUCUUUUAUUUCUCAUUAUUUUUUCUCUGCUCUCUCUCUCUCUUUAAAAUGCUCUCCUGUUUUUAAAGUGUCUCUCGGCUCCGACAGGGUCUUCUGAAUGGUAGAGAAUCAUGAAUAAUGUACAGUCACAGUAAUAAUGAAUAUUUGAGCAAAGGGUGUUGUAAUUGGCAGCCUGUAACAAAUCCUUAAGAGCAAGCUUGAAUUAAAAAAAAAGAAAAAAAAAGGUGGGAUGUAGGGUUGGGGGGGCGAGGCUUUAUGAGUUAAAGUUCUGUCUUAUUUGAGUGUGUGUUUGUUAUUCCCCACAGGAGAGCGCUUUAAACAUCAUCUACUCCAAAAUGAGCACUUGCUUGAUUGGAUUUCCUAAUUAGUAGCGGUAGAAACCCCUCCAGGUUUGAUUGUGUCCCCUUUGACGGAGUUUAUUUUUUGUGAUGAAUAUGUAUAAAAUGAUGAUCUUUGGGUUCUCAUUUUGUGGUUUUAUUUAUACUUUGUGUACAUAGGUAUAUAUAUGUAUAGCUUGAAUGUAUGAGCUCUGUGCGAUCACUUGCUUGUAAUAACCACAAUGAUUACCACAGUUUAAACACGUUGUAGUAGUGUCCGGUGUCACUGCGAGAUUCAGACAAAGAACAAAAAGAGAAAACUGCAGCUAUCUUGUACAUACACGAUGUCUUGCCUAGCUCUGAGGGCCUAGCCGGUGCUUUUUUUUUUUUUUUUUUUCUUCUUCAGGUGUUUCACUUGAAUGUUUCAAGCUUGCUCUUAAGUUCUGGGUUUGUCGACACUCCAUGUUUGUGUAGUUAAAGCUCUUGCAUCUUUCUUUCAUACUUGUUCGUCAGUAGUUCACUCGAGACGUUCAAAAUCUCUCCGCUCUGCUACCAUCUUCCUUCUGGCUGUAUCAGGCACGAGGUGUGCGAGUCAGUGUGUUUAAUUUGGUGUUCUUCCAUGCGGCAGGGGGUUCAUUUAGAGAUGUUAUUUUGAUCGUAGAGGAACAUAAAGGUUGUACAUGAUAACCGUGAGAUUUCAGUGCAGACGGAUUUAUCAGAGACACACUUUGGGGACGGGCUGGAUAGGUCAAAAGGGCAAGAAAAGCUUGGAAGAGCAAAUAUUGGAAAACUUAACAAAAAAUGGAAAAUAAUAAAGGUUUUUAUUAACA